GCCAGCUGGUCCCCACCGGGCCUUCCUGUUUCGGGUCUGACUGCCCGAGGCAGCUCUGAGGCCACCCGCCCGCCACCUUCCCUGCAGGGUCUCGGCAUCCCAAGCCACAGGGCCAGGGCAGGGCUGGGACACGCCCUGCUGCUCAGAUGGGGAGACUGAGGCUCGGGCUUAGCAGAGACGCCCCCAGCCAGGAGGCGGCCAGGACUUUCACUUGGGGCCUCUGAGACCAGGAUGGCGGCCCUUUCUGGUAGGGAAGUGGCCCGGGCGGGGAGCGCUGGCUUCAGAGCGUGAGUUCCCCCCACCGUGACCUGGGUGGGGUCUCCAGCCCCCACACCCAGAAGGCCCGGCGGAGCCACCCUGCGUGGGAGCAGAAAGAGCAGCCCUCCCGGAGGUGUCACCUCCCGCCACCUGGCCCUCGCCAUGCGGACCGCGGGGGCGCCUCCUCCCUGCCCGGCCCUGAUGCUCUUGCUGCUGCUACUGGGGGACUCCCAGGGCCUCUUCCCCGAGGAACCGCCUCCGCUCAGCGUGGCCCCCAGGGACUACCUGAGCCACUACCCCGUGUUCGUGGGCGGGGGGCCUGGGCGCCCGAGCCCCGUGGAGGACACCGAAGACCUCAACAUCCAGCGUGUGCUGCGGGUCAACAGGACGCUGUUCAUCGGGGACAGGGACAACCUGUACAGGGUGGAGCUGGAGCCGCCCACAUCCACCGAGCUGCGGUACCAGCGGAAGCUGACCUGGCGCUCCAACCCCAGCGACAUAGACGUGUGUCGGAUGAAGGGCAAGCAGGAGGGCGAGUGUCGGAACUUCGUAAAGGUGCUGCUGCUCCGCGACGAGUCCACGCUCUUCGUGUGCGGCUCCAACGCCUUCAACCCGGUGUGCGCCAACUACAGUAUGGACACGCUGCAGCCUCUUGGGGACAACAUCAGUGGCAUGGCCCGCUGUCCAUAUGACCCCAAACAUGCCAACGUCGCCCUCUUCUCGGAUGGGAUGCUCUUCACAGCCACUGUGACCGACUUCCUAGCCAUUGACGCUGUCAUCUACCGCAGCCUUGGGGACCGGCCCACCCUGCGCACUGUAAAACACGACUCCAAGUGGUUCAAAGAGCCGUACUUCGUGCACGCGGUGGACUGGGGCAGCCACGUCUACUUCUUCUUCCGGGAGAUCGCCAUGGAGUUUAACUACCUGGAGAAGGUGGUGGUGGCCCGCGUGGCCCGCGUGUGCAAGAACGACGUGGGGGGCUCCCCGCGCGUGCUGGAGAAGCAGUGGACGUCCUUCCUGAAGGCGCGGCUCAACUGCUCGGUGCCCGGGGACUCCCACUUCUACUUCAACGUGCUGCAGGCCGUCACGGGCGUGGUCAGCCUGGGGGGCCGGCCCGUGGUCCUGGCCGUCUUCUCCACCCCCAGCAACAGCAUCCCCGGCUCGGCCGUCUGCGCCUUCGACAUGACCCAGGUGGCCGCCGUGUUUGAGGGCCGCUUUCGCGAGCAGAAGUCCCCCGAGUCCAUCUGGACACCAGUGCCCGAGGAUCAGGUGCCGCGGCCCCGGCCCGGGUGCUGCGCUGCCCCGGGCAUGCAGUACAACGCGUCCAGCGCCCUGCCCGACGAGAUCCUCAGCUUUGUCAAGACCCACCCGCUGAUGGACGAGACGGUGCCCUCGCUGGGCCACGCACCCUGGAUCGUUCGGACCCUGAUGCGGCACCCGCUGACUCGCGUGGCUGUGGACGUGGGCGCUGGCCCCUGGGGCAACCAGACGGUGGUCUUCCUGGGCUCCGAGGUGGGUACUGUCCUCAAGUUCCUCGUCCGGCCCAGCACCAGGCUCUCGGGUCCUGCUGGGCCCAGCGUCUUCCUGGAGGAGUUUGAGACCUACCGGCCGGACAGGUGUGGACGGCCCGGCGGUGCUGAGACAGGGCAGCGGCUGCUGAGCCUCGAGCUGGACGCAGCCUCAGGUGGCCUGCUGGCGGCCUUUCCCCACUGCGUGGUCCGUGUACCUGUGGCCCGCUGCCAACAGUUCUCCGGGUGCAUGAAGAACUGCGUCGGCAGCCAGGACCCCUACUGUGGGUGGACCCCUGACGGCUCCUGCGUCUUCCUCAGCCCUGGCACCAGAGCCACCUUUGAGCAGGAUGUGUCCGGGGCCAGCACCUCAGGCUUAGGGGACUGCACAGGCCUCCUGCGAGCCAGCCUCUCGGAGGAGCGGGCCGGGCUGGUGUCCGUGAACCUGCUGGUGACCUCGUCGGUGGCGGCCUUCGUGGUGGGCGCCGUGGUGUCCGGCUUCAGCGUGGGCUGGUUCGUGGGCCUGCGCGAGCGGCGGGAGCUGGCGCGCCGCAAGGACAAGGAGGCCAUCCUGGCGCACGGCGGCGGCGAGGCGGUGCUGAGCGUGAGCCGGCUGGGCGAGCGCCGCGGGGCGGGCGCGGGGGGCCGCGGCGGCGGCGCCGGGGGUCCCCCCGAGGCGCUGCUGGCGCCCCUGAUGCAGAACGGCUGGGCCAAGGCCACGCUGCUGCAGGGCGGCCCGCACGACCUGGACUCGGGGCUGCUGCCCACGCCCGAGCAGACGCCGCUGCCGCAGAAGCGCCUGCCCACCCCGCACCCGCACGCGCACGCCCUGGCGCCGCGCGCCUGGGACCACGGCCCCGCGCUGCUGUCCGCCUCCGCCUCGUCCUCGCUGCUGCUGCUGGCCCCGGCCCGCGCCCCCGAGCAGCCCCCCGCGCCCGGCGAGGCGGGCCCCGACGGCCGCCUCUGCGCCCCGCGCCCCGGCCGCGCCUCGCACGGCGACUUCCCGCUCACCCCCCACGCCAGCCCGGACCGCCGGCGCGUGGUGUCGGCGCCCACGGGCCCCUUGGACCCCGCCUCGGCCGUCGACGGCCUCCCCCGGCCCUGGAGCCCACCCCCGACGGGCAGCCUCCGGAGGCCGGGCCCCCACGGCCCGCCGGCCGCCGCCCUGCGCCGCACGCACACGUUCAACAGCGGCGAGGGCAGGCCCGGCGACCGCCACCGCGGCCGCCACGCCCGGCCCAGCACGGACUUGGCCCACCUCCUCCCCUAUGGGGCGGGGGACAGGACUGCGCCCCCGGUGCCCUAGGCCGGGGCCGACGCCUUCGCAGUGCAGCCACGGGAACCCCAGCAAGAGGCCCCGCGGCCAGGCCCGGGCCAGCGCCUGGGUGCCCGGCCCCGCCCCGCCCUCGUGGGGUCCCCUCGGCCACACGGAAGCACAAGAGCUCGCCGACCCCGACGGGCGAGGACGCUGAGGGGCCGGGGCUGGCGGGGGACUGGCUGCCCCCGGGGUGGCCUGCACAUGGAUUUUGGUUUCUUUUGCAGUUUUCUAACUAAUUGCACAACUCCGUUCUCGGGGUGGCAGCCGGGCUCCGGCGGGCGGGGAGGGGCCGCAGCUGCAGACCCAAGCCCCCCCAGGGCCCUCCUCGCCCCUGGCCCCUGGCGUGUGUGGGUGUGUGUGCGUGUGCAUGCUGUGUUCGUGUGCAGGGGGCCGGGGAGGCGUGCGUGUGCGUGCCUGCGGGCUGCGGUGAGCGUGUGCGUCGGGGCGGGCCGCGGGGCCGUGUGUGUGUCUACGUGUGAGCCAGGCGCCCGCCGCCUGGGCAUUGGCUGAGCCGACCCCCGGCUUCCGGAAGGCCGGGGCCUCCGAGGUGCCGGUUAGGAGUUCACACCCGCUUCUGUGGAGGGCAGCGGGGACAGGCCGGGCGGCAGGGGACGGAGAGCCUGCCCGGAAGUCACACUGGCAGCAGCCAUCUAAAGGGCUGGGGGUCUGGGGGGCAGCAGAGGCGGGUGGGGCCCCCCUGUAAAUAUGACCCCAGGGUGGUCAGAGAGUCCCAUGCCACCCUACCCCUUGUGACUUCCCCCUUCAGCCUCCGGCUGACCAUGCAUGCCACGUGGCCAGCCCCUUCCCAGACCCUCUCUGGAGAUUGCCUCCCCCGCUCCUUCCCCAUCAAUAAAACUCUGUUUACAACCACCGGC